GCUUCUCCUUCACCGGAAGCUUCACAAACCUCACCACAACAAGCACGAUGGCGGCGACAGACGGUGAAAGAAAGCAUGAAACAGGAAAACUGGGAUUCUCUCUGGACGUCCCCUUCCCGUCGUCUCGUGAAGCCGUCAUUGCUCUGCGCUCUCUGUCCCCGGACCGCGAGCCGAGGAAAGGCGGCAUCAGCAAGCAGCUCACGGUGACGGGCAGCACGCUGUCUGUGAGGUGGAGCGCAGACGAAGCUCGGAUCCUCAGGGUGUCUGUGAACUCGUUUCUGGAUCACCUGUCGCUCGUCAUGGAGACCAUGGAGGCGUUCGGUCCCCCUGUUUCCCAGUGAAGCCCGACACAUGAUUCAGGACUAUUUUCACCCUCUCGUCGUCCUCUGGAGGAUUCAGUCGUGAAACUGUGAGGAUUGAAAUGGGACGUUUGAGCAGCUGGCAGCUCAGACUGUGUGGUGAUACUGUUUGGGAUUGUUUGCUUGUUUAAGUGGAACAAAGAGGCCAUGUUUUUGACUGUGGCUGGGUUUUUAUUCAAACUUCCUUUGUAGUAAAUAAAGUCUGCUGCUAUACGAUAGAUCAGAUCAGGGGAAUAUCGGCUCCACUGGAGCUGAGACAAGAAGUUGAUUAAUCCACAAGUUGAUGACAGGAAACUAAUCGGACACUAUUUUCAAACAAAAACUGGAAAUAGUUUCUGGUGCCAACUUCUCAAAUAUGAGUUUUUUAAAUGUCAGUACAAAUAAGAUAUUAGACAAAAGAAGUCAUUUGCAGUAGGGAUGUAGUAGCGAUCUCAAAAGAUUGAUUUGGGGGUCAGUCAAGGCAUUUUUUUUUAUCUGGUUGGGAUCAGCUUUAUUGAGUCUACAGAGCCGCCGAUCCUUCAUCAUGCACAGCAACGCACAGUGCAGCCGUCUCCAACUCUCCUGAGCUCCACCCCCACAUGGAUGUACAAAGAAAGCCCCGCCCACUGUAGAACACCGCAUGCCAAAAAUGACAUCAAAAUGCAGUAUGCUGAUAUUUAUGUAAUUUUUUUAAAAAGUUGUGAGCACUUUCAUUUCAGUUCAGUGUGAGAGUUGCUGCCAUCUUUGGCGUGUUGUGUUUCACUGCUCCGCUCAGAGAGGCAGACAGUGGUGCAGAGCUGAAGACAGUCACACUCACCAAACCACUGCAAGUGUGACUAAAACCCCUUCAAGCAAAAAGCCAAUAAAAGGAAUAUAUUAAUGUAGCCUGAUCCGUGCAAGUGUUGCACAGACGAUUUAAGUAAACACUCACAGUUCAUUGAGGUAACUCAGACAAGGCUGCACUGAAGCAACAAACUCAGAGAAGGUCUAGUGUGUAAGAUUUAGUAGAAACAUGGCGGUGCAGCGUGGCGAUCUCCAUAGACAAGGACCUACUCCCUAUGUAGAUAUUAACAGCUCAUUCUAAGGUAAUGAAAACAAUACAGUUCUUAUUUUCAGGUGAUUAUACACAAAAGAAACCAUACUUAGAAUAUUAUAUUCACUUUCUGCAAAUACAUCCCCCUAAAUCCUGCAUGCUGGACCUUUAAAGGGACAGAAGUUCCCUCAAGACAGCAACGAGGCCAAAAACUGAUUUAAGAGAGUGUGUUUUUUUUUUAUACUUUAUUUUGUAGAAAAAUAAAUACAUUUAAAAAGUAUUGAGGAACAGCUUGUAUGCAGGGAUUUGCUUUUCUUAAUGCUUUGCAGGGCUCUUUUACUGUUAGACAUACAUUGGCUUUAUUCAUAUCUAGGAAAAUAUUGGCAGAUACUUAAUAUUUAAUGACUUCAGUCGGGACAUCCCUAGUUUGAAGACGUCUUCUUGGUCCCUGGGAUGGACAUUUUCCUCAGUUUGAUUCCCUAUAAAGUAACGUUUGAAAUUGAGAUUUUCUUGCAUCACCUACAGGGUGUUAAGUUGCUUUAAAGUCACCUGAAGUCAUCGUCCACAUCGAGCUGCUCCCUGUGUAAAGUCAUGUUAACGUUGUGCCUCUGUUGACUCACUUUGGUUCAAAUUAAAAUAUGUCAUCAACUGUU